CCCAGAAACAGCAUUCCGGCGCCGCCGCCGCCCCGUGCGUCUCGUCAUCCACUGAUCCCCCCCCCCCCCCUGCUCCCCCAUCCCAUGGCUCUCGCGUUCGCAUCUCACGCGCGCCGCCUCCUCCUCGCCGGCGCUGGAGCACCGGCGAGAGCGUUCCGCGCCCAGCCCUACCAAGCCAAGGUAGGCGUGGUGGAGUUCCUGAACGGCGUGGGGAAGGGGGUGGAGACGCACGCCGCGAAGCUGGAGGAGACCGUGGGCGGCGACCUCCAGAGGCUCCUCGAGGCCCGCACUCUGAGGCUCAAGAAGCUCGGCAUCCCCUGCAAGCAUAGGAAGUUGAUCUUGAGUUUUGCUCACAAGUAUCGUCUUGGUCUCUGGAAGCCCCGAGCAGAACCAAGGAAAGUUGAAUGAAGUUGGUUUGUUCUUGAAAUGCCCACAUUGAAACAAUCAGCUGUUGUUGGCCCCAAGCAUGUUUGAGACAUGGAUUUGGUGCUUUGUACUUUGACGGCCACAAUCUUUGUUCUCUGCCCAUGCUCAUUUGCAACCACUGCGUAAAAUCUAAAAAAACAGCUACCUGUGGUGUUGUUUUGUUCCCUUUGUAACAAGCCUUACCAAUAAUAGACGCAUAGUUCCCGUAGUUUCUCACUUCAUUUGUAUUGAUACUUAGGCAUUUCUUUUACCAACAACAUUGGCGUUUUGUGAGUGUACUUUAAACAAAUUGAUCGUGUUAAAGAGUUGGAUCAGACAGUUCCAUCA